CGUGAGGGGACCGGCCGAGAUGGAGGCGCUCUUCGGGGCGCUGCCGCGGCGCUUCGCCCGGCUGCCCAUGUUCCCCUUCUUCGACCUCGCCCACUACGCGGCCUCGGUGAUGUCGCUGAAGGAGCAGCGAGGAGCAGUGGAAAUAUCAUGCCACAGCCCAAUCGCAUGCUGGUUCAGUGCUAUGCUUUACUGCUUUGGUGGGUCGAUUUUGUCGUCUUUGAUGCUUGGGGAGCCUCCAGUUGCCUUCCUUGCCAAUACUACAAAUAUACUCCUUGCCUCAUCAGUCUGGUAUCUUAUAUUUUAUUGUCCGCACAAUCUUUUCUAUCGUUACGUGUCUUGCCUGCCUAUUAGAUUGUUGGUUUCAGGGAUGAAGGAAGUGACUAGGACGUGGAAAAUAACGGGUGGAGUCACUCAUGCACACAGCCACUACAAAAAUGCGUGGAUAGUCAUGAUAGCAGUCGGUUGGGCCAGAGGAGCCGGUGGUGGCCUAAUAUCUAACUUUGAACAGUUGGUGAGAGGUGUGUGGAGGCCGGAGACUAAUGAACUGCUGAAGAUGUCCUACCCUGUGAAAAUAAGCUUGGUAGGGGCAGUGCUCUUCACAAUGCAGCACACCUUAUACCUUCCAGUAGAAGUUCACAACCUCAUGUUUUUCUACACCGUCUUCUUGGUAGUUACAAAGAUAACCAUGACGUUGACGGAAUGUAGGACUUCCCCAUUUGCUGUGCUUGAGAACGCAUUGGGCGCUUUCCUCUUUGGUUUCCAGCCAGCCUGCUUGAAAGCAAAGGGCAAGGCCAAAGUGUCUUAUAACGGCAGCACCUCAGUAGUCAGCGAAUGCACCUCCGGUGGUGAGACGGGGGAUAGUGUUAAGAAAAGACACGCGAAGAAAACCGAAUAAAAAGCGUGGGGAGCGGGUGGCCCAAAAUAGCUUGUGGCCAUACAUGCAUUUUAAUGUUUCUCCCACCCAAUGAUGUGUAAUGACAAUUGUGUGCGAGGAAACUCAAGCAGCAAAAGGCACGCUCCAAUUAUCUCCAGAGAUCAGUCUGGAGGGAAGUUUCCUGCCUAAGCCCCAUUUCAGUGGGGCUCCCGACAGACAACAUUGUCCGUGGACUUCCUGUCUGCUACUGCUGUGUGGGUCCAUGGCGCCUCCGAUUUUGUGUGUGUGCGUGUGUGAAAUAGAGUUCAUAUUUGGACACUAGACAUCAUGCUAGAUUAUUUUUUCUAAUGUAAAUGAUAAAACAUGAGACUAUAUUUAAUCUUAACUUGUAUGAGAAAUUUUAUUGUGGUUCAGUUUUCUAGUUAAGAGAACAAACCCCUUGCUUUAAAAAAAACUUUAUAUAAAUUAUUUUUUUCCAGUAGCAGUAAAAUGUGACAGCUAAACUUGACUCUUUUUGUUGAUGAUAACUUAUUUUGGGUACGGUCCAGCCAGUGUUAAGAACUUGCAAAUCCAGUGUGGGAGAGAGAAGUUUAUACUGAGCUCUCCUGUUGAAACGAUGUGGGACUGGCGAGCACUUGAUCUUGGCCGGAUUCUACCCUAGAGUUUAAUAUCAGAGGGUUUCCGUCCCAAUAUGUAAUAUGCAAAAUGUUGUUUUAAUCUCGUUGAACAAUGUGAAGCAUUUUUGUGAAAAAGUAAUACGUUCAGCAAUGGAAAAAAAUGAUAAUUCACUUGUACUAUCUAACUUCAGAAGCUAGCUCAGUCUUCAGUCACUUCCUCUGAACACUCAGAUUUUUCUUAACUCUUGUUGUUCUUGUACUGGAAGUACAAAUUUUUUCCAUGCUUGGCUUGAAUCACAAGAAAUCUUGUCAUUUUCCACAAAUCUUUCCUAAGUUUUAAAACUUCGUACACUCAGAGGAUCCAAUGGAGUGUUUACUUGGACAGUAAUCUUUUUCCUUGUGGGAUUUGAGUUUCUUGCCUUCCCCCUUCCUCUGCAGCCCCAAAUACUCCUCAAAAUUAUGUUCUUGCAGCCCCCUCCCCCGGAGGAGCAUUUCGGGAGCCAGUUUGAGCUGCAGCAAGGAAGGGGAUGUAGGCAACUUAGGCUCUACGGCCUUAAACUGCCGUCUGUAGAAAUGCUCUGAUAAGCCGACGGUAAACAUAAGUGUCACCCUUUGUUGCUGGCUUUUAAGAGGGCGAUGAAACUUGAAGCAAAAGUUCAUAUUGAAUGAAGUCCUACUUUUAAUCUGACAGGACUUCCUCUGGGAGGAACAUGGGCCUUUCUCCAAAUACAAUUCAGAUUAUUCUUAGCAAAAUAGAAAUUGCGUUCAGAGCAUCAGUUCUCUGAUGCUAGUCAGAGGUAGGCUAGGCCUGGACAGCUUGUGACCUACCGUUAGCCACAUAGAGUGGAACCCCAGCGGGCUGACAAAUCUUCCCCCCCCCCCCGUCUGCAUGGAACUACGAGAACAGGAAUGUUGCUGGCCCACAAUACACGGUCAGUGCUCUGCCAUUGGCUUGUUGGGUCACAUUGUGCAGUGCUGAUGCCGGAGGAAUAUUUUUAUCCCUUUCUCUUGCUAACAGCCUGUCUGCACGGAGGAGAUACAUCCAAACUUCUUUGGCAUUUGGAGUGGAACACUAACGUCAACAUGGUAUGGAGAAGGGAGUUGUUUUGACUCUGAGUGGAGGUGACUUCCAAGUCACGGUGGUGCUUAAGAACACAGCCCAAUUUUUUUUUUAAAAAAUCUAACUUUUGUGAGCAUAGCCUGUGAAUGUUCAAAGAGCAUACCGAGCCAAGCUCAGACUCUUUUCAUAUAUUAUUUUGCUCCCUGCGGAACAAUAUCCUUUUGAUAAGUAAUGAAAAUAUGUCAUCCAGGUCACACACCUUGGUGUGAACAGGUGUGCAGUGUUCAGAAUGCCAAGUCCAGAAUGUCCGCAUUUUGCCUUACAACUUUUUUGGGCUCAGGAUACCACCUUGGGGUGGGGGGGUCAGUAUCCCAAAAGGAUUUUACUCAGAAACUUCAAGAUAGUAUUAUUUGAAUUUAGUUAGCAGGCAGCUGAAAAACACUGAGACAAACACCAGCAAAUGUUGUACUUCCAGUGCUUAUGCCAGAAAACUCAGCGAUAUCUUAGGGCUGACCGUGUGUCUUUUGAUGCUUUGGGGUACUAGAUUUUUGUACUGUGUUUGGUGCUGUUGUUAAACCACCUCCGUGGUGACUGCGCUGUUGUCAUUUUAGCACCAACUGAAGUGGAAAUGUAUUUUAAAAUAUUGUAAAAAUGCAUUUAUAGUUGGGCCAAAAAGGUCUCUUUUGUAUUUGCAUUUACUGUGCAUUUUACACACCUGCUAUUAAAAAAACCCUGAAACUC